AUGGUGCAAAUUGGCUGGUAUGGCCUUGGCUCCAUGGGCCAGGCAAUGGCCUCCAACCUGCAACGCCAUUUGGUUUCGAAGAAGGCCCUGAGUCUCAUCUACUCCAACCGUACCAUGUCGCGUGGAGCACCCCUGCAAGCGUUAGGGGGAACCCCGGAGCCUAACUUCGAGAAACUCGUCUCAAAGUGCGGGAUCAUUUUCACUAUGGUUGCAAAUGACUCGGUCUUACAAAGCCUGCUGUCCAGCGCUAUGAGUCAAUCUCUCAAGGACAAGAUCUUCGUCGAUUGCUCAACAGUUCACCCUGAGACGGUGAGCUCGGCAGUAUCUCAACUGAAGAGCAAGAAUGCGUCAUACGUAGCAGCCCCGGUUUUCGGUGGUAACCCCAUUGCCGUUGAUGGUAAGCUUGUGUUUGCAAUUGGCGGCCCUAAGAGCGCGACCGAGGCUGUCAAACCACUAAUUCAGGAUGUGAUGGGUCGUCGUGUGAUCGAAUGUGGCGAAGACGCUACCAAGUCCUCGCUUCUGAAGAUUGCGGGCAACAUUGUUACCGUGAAUAUGAUGGAGGCCGUUGGUGAAGCCCAAGUCUUUGCUGAAAAGACUGGACUUGGAACUGGGCCUAUGGAGGAGCUGAUCGGGGAAGCCUUUGGACCUGUUGCUGGAGGAUAUUCCAAGAGAUUGACUACUGGUGCCUAUGCGCCUCCUUUGGAUUCUCGUCCUGGGUUCGGCGUGUCUCUUGCUAUCAAGGAUGCUAGACACGCCAUGGCCAUGGCCAAGGAGCAGGGGGUUGAACUUCCCGGACUUGAGUUGGCUCGUGCUAACAUGGAAGCCGCAAGAGACUUCGGCGGGGAAUGCCUGGAUAGCAGUGCUAUGUAUGGCACAUUGCGCCAAAAAGCCGGGCUAGACUUCUGGAACGAGAAGAGUCGGAAGGAGUAG